UGACUGUUCUAUUCUUUCGCGCAUGCUCUCGAUCUAUUCGUAUUAUUAUGUUUAUAUAUAGUCACCCUGAUAUUUAAACUUGUCGUUCAUGUUUGUUGUUUAAAACUUCAAAAUAAUUUGUUUGACACAUAUAGCAUCGUUUUUUUCACUGAUGUUUCCACGAAAUGGCGAAAGAUGAAUAUUUGCGUCGGGGAAAUUAAAAAUUCUUGUAUAAUCUACAAAUUUAGAAUUUUCCUUAAGUUUUGCUGGCACCGAUAUAACUUGCCACUAUGAAUACUGUAAGCAGUGUUAUGGCAAGUAUAUACGAUACUUUACUACAAUUACGAUAUCCACACAUCAGUAAUGUGGAGUUGAGAGACGUAGGAACGACAAUACUCAGUGGUGAAAAUCGCAUGUGCCUCCUCUCUUGGCUUCUAACGGAGAAAUCAUCAUUUAUUGCCGUUCAGUUGGAAAAAUUAAAGGAUACUGCUUUGGAAGAUCAGUUAUUUGAAUACUAUUCUCAAAUUGGAAUCUGCAAUAAUAAGGAUCUAUUACUGGGUAAGUGUUCGAUGAAAGAACAGCUUCCGACUUUAAGAUUAUUGUUGGAUUUCAUGAAAAAAGUACACAUGGAGACUUCUGUCAAUACAACUGAGACAGAAGAAUCUCUCAUGGAUGUUGUUAAGAUGUAUAUAGAUGAUACUGACCAGACACUUCACCUCUCAGUUUUUAAGCCAAAAUUGAACUAUACAGAAGCUAAUAAAUAUUUUGAAGAGAGUGAGAAAGAAUUAUUUGACAAUAACUGUACAGAGAGAGAUACAAAGUCUGAUAUAUCUGAAGGUGCACAUAUCGAGAUUGAUGAUAGAUUAGUCAGUGGAGAAAGAUGCAGUGAAGAGGAGGAUGCAUUAUUUAACAAAGAAAAAGAAAAGUUCAUAGAAGCAUUUCAGACUGUUUCAUCUUGGCCAGUGCAAUCCAGAAAUUUAGACCAAACUGUUACUAACUCUAUUCGUUUGGACAUUAAAAAGAUAUGCUCCAAUUUUUUCACUGUAAAGAAGAUGCUACGGGCAAAAGACGAGAUAUCGAAUGUGGAUUUAACAAGAAGAUUACCAAAGACCACCACACCGUUAAACGCGACAAUCGAGGAUAUAAUUAUUCAUAAUGAAGAAUUCGAAAACUUGACCUCAAAUUUGACAGACAAUAAUGUCGAUUGAUUUUAUAUUUAUAAUUCAUAUGUAGCAUGAGGUGCAAUUGUCACACAUUAACUUAUAUAAUUCAUACAUUUGUAAUAUAUGAGAUGCAAUUGCUUGUUUCCACAAUUGCAUAGGGAGCAUUGUAAAAAUUUUUAUAGGAAUUGCUCAAAACACGAUGUAUUUUGAUGAAUUAAAUUAUUACGUGUACUUUUUAAAAAA